AUGGCCACCAUCUUGAUAUAUGGAGAUGGAAGUAUCUAAGACUUAGAGAGGAAUAUUGAUUACACGAUGAAUCAAACAUUUCUAUAUCAUGAAGUUUUUGUUGCGGUAAAAUCAUAGUAAAUCCUAGAUCAGAUAAAUCUUAAGUUAAAAGCAUAGGAAAACAUUAUUUAAUUCAUUGAAACCAAUGAUAUAGAUGAUUUUGCAAAGAUUCUUCAAGGAAUAUAUCACUAAAUAAAUGGAGAGUAUAUAGUUAUGAUUCAUACAAAAACGUAAAGUAAGAUCACCAGAAUUAGAAAUCAAGUGAAGGAAGCUAAAACUUGUAAAUGUAAUGCAAUAGUAUCUGACUUAGAAAUUGUCAAUGAUGCAGGAAAGCCUUGGGAUAACUCCUACUUAAUAGAUUUAGACUAUAACAGAAAUCUUGAUCUAAUCCUAUUUUCAAUGGAUUUCAGAUUUGAAGUUUCACUUUUACUUAGAAAAAAAUAUCUAGCUUAUAUUUUAUAACAAUCUCCUUAAAUCAACAGGUAUUAUGUAAUUAGCGAGAUAGUGAAGUCUAAAAACCUUUAUUUUAUGAGAGAGGCAGUUUUAAAGAUAAGCCUUAAUAACUAUCAUCAUGUCUUUGUAGAUCAUUCAAUCAUUAAACCUCAGCAAGAUGCAGAUAAAUUUAUGUUAUACGAUUCUUAUUUGAACAAGAGGGAUAUCAAAAUUCCUACUUUGCAAUUCUCAUAGCUUCUAAAUUGCUCCUAUGAUUUUUUAGGAUGUGAUGAGCAAAACCUGGGUCUAGUUGGGUAUCUCAUGAUAGACUUGUAUCUUAAUUUCAAUGAGGGUCUUUUUAAAUCACUAAAAAAGCUUAAAAUUGAGCGUCUAAACCAGAUUGAAUUGAUUUACAGCCAUUUAAGCAAGUUAGAAAAAGCAAGAUUAAAUCCUAAUGAGCACCCUUUAGCAUCUGUAAUUAUGACUUGCUUCAAUAGAGAUUACUACCUACUAAGGUCUAUCUAGCAUGUACUUUAAUAAACCUAUGUCAAUUGGGAACUGGUCAUCUCAGAUGAUGGCUCUAAUAAUCCAAAAUCACUCUAAAUUCUUCAGCUGGUAUCAAAUCACCCAAAAAUAAGAGUAUAAUACCUUUAUACCAAUUAGAAUACUGUAUUUGGAUUAAACUACGCAAUAUUAUAAGCUAAGGGAGAAUAUUUUGUAAUUCAAGAUGACGACGAUAUUAUGCUCUAAACCAGGUUAAAUUACUAGAUAGAUUUCCUUAGAAAAAAUCAAGAGUAUGAGCUAUGUGGCUCACCUUAUUUACCAGUUUCUUAAAUUGGAGAACCGGAAUAUUAAAACAACAAUUAUGUGGAGAGCUUUGCAAAAUUAAAAUUUUAUUUUUUGUUCGUGAACUAUAUUCCUCAUAGCAAUUACGCAAUUAGGCUAUCAGAUAAAAUAAGAAAGCAUUAUUUGUACAAUCAUUAGACAGCUUGCGAUUAUUCCUUAUGGUUAAAGCUCUUAUUCGAGGUUGAUGAAAAUAUUAGAUUUGCCGUUUUACCUAAUUAUAUUGGAAACAUAGCACUACAUAAAAUGGAUACCUCUCAAAUAAAUAGAGAUAGCUGA